AUGUUUUUGAAAAUAGCAAACGGAAAAACUUCACUCAAAUUUUACCGCCAAUUCACGACCCUUCAACCAGCUGCUUUAAACCAGAUGAUGAAGAUUUCUCUUCAAAACGGAAAACUUCAAGUUGCUCGGCAGCUCUUUGAUGAAAACCCCACAUCCCGCGAUGUUGUUUCGUGGAAUAUGAUGAUUUCUGGGUAUAUUAAAAGGAAUCACAUUGAUGUUGCCCGCCAAAUGUUCGAUGAAAUGCCUGAAAGAGACAUUGUCUCUUGGAAUACCUGGAUAUCUGGUCUACAAAGGAAACAAGAUCAGAACAGUACUUGCCUCUGUUACCUCGAGCUACAAAGAGCUGGUUUGCGACCAACUCCAUACACCUUUUCAAUAGUAAUCAGUUCACUUUUGGGUACUGUUUUCAAUGCUUUAAUCCCUCAACUUCAUGCCCAAAUUGUUUCUUUAGGUCAUUGUUCCAGUGUUUAUGUUGGGUCAGCAUUAAUGAGAGGGUAUACAGAUUUGCAGGAUCAUUCUUCUUUAUGUGGGGUGUUUGAUGAUGUAUUAGAUAAAGAUAUCAGUGUUUGGAACGCGUUGAUUUUGGGUUAUAUGGACUUGGGUUUUACUGAUGAAGCUCAAAUAGCUUUCAACAAGAUGCCUGAGAAAGAUGUGGUUUCUUGGACUACAAUGGUUGAUGGGUAUUUCAAGAACAGUGAGAUUGAAAAAGCUAGGUAUAUUUUCGAUGAGAUGGAUGUAAAGAACGUCGUUUCAUAUACAGCAAUGAUCUCUGGUUAUGUAGGAGUAGACCAGUAUUUGGAUGCUUUGGAGUUGUUUAUUCUGAUGAUGAAAUCAGGCCCUAAACCAAAUCAGCAUACAUUUGCAAGCAUUUUAACUGCCUGUGCUAAACAUUCUGAACUUCUUACAGGACAGCAAGUUCAUGCAACCAUACUUAAGCAUGGUAUAAUCAUUGAUGUUGUUUUGAUGACUGCUUUUAUCAGUAUGUAUGCCAAAUGUGGUGACAUUGAAGCAGCAUACUGUAUAUUUGAGCAAAUGCCUGGAAAAAAUCUGGUAUCAUGGAACACAAUAUUAGGUUGUCAUGCAAGGCAUGGGAGAGCAAGAACAGCUUUGGAUGAGUUUCAGAAAAUGAUCAACAAUGGAGUAAUCCCUAAUCAUAUAACUUUUAUCAACCUAUUAUCUGCUUGUGCUCAUGUAGGUCUGGUUGAAGAAGGUGAAAAGAUCUUUUCUUGCAUGGAAAAAACUUAUGGUUUACACCCUGAAAAGGAGCAUUAUGCUUGCAUGGUUGACCUGUAUGGAAGAGCAGGUUAUCUAGACAAGGCAAAGAGCUUAAUUGAUCGCAUGCCAUUUGAGCCAGACACUGUAGUGUGGGCUGCAUUGCUUGCAGCAUGUGGUUUGCAUUCAGAUUUUGAGUUUGGAAAUAAUGCUGCAGAUUCACUGCAAAACUUGGAAAAGAAUCACCCUGCUGCAUGUAUGGUGCUUUCAAAGAUUCUUGGUGAAAGAGGAGUAUGGAGUUCUCUGACAAAUAUAAAACAGAUGAAUUAUAAACACAUGAAAAAACAGAAGGCUGGAAAAAGCUUGAAGCUUUGCCGCGGUCAAGCAGAGUUGAGAGUGAUGACACCAUUCGGCUUGGCUGAGAUUUGCCAUCAACCCCCAAAAUGUUUGAAGAGUUUUGCUGAGACUGCUCGAAAGGAGAAUGAACGGAGUAAUUGGGAAGCUUGA